GAGUCGGCGAACGAGCGGAAGAUUGACGCAAGCGCCCGUUAUUAAUUCGCGAUUUUUGCUUACGUAGUAUCUCGCUCGCCCCGCAGACGCACGAUGCCUUCGAUGCUGGCCAUGGUACCCGAGCUGCAGACGCUGCAAGCCUAUCACACAAUGAACAGCAGCAACCUCAGCGCGACGUCGUCGCCGCUCUCCGACAUCACAGCUGGCAGCACGAUGUUGGACCUAGACGCUGAGAAGAGAAUGGGCAGAAAGCGCAAGUUCAAGGAGGAAGGCGGAUCGGCAGCAGCGAACAAGUCGCGGAAGCGUUCGACGCCGCAGAGCUACGAGGAACUGCAGAAUCAGCGCGUGAUGGCGAACGUGCGAGAGCGCCAGCGCACGCAGUCGCUCAACGAAGCGUUCUCGUCGCUGCGCAAGAUCAUUCCAACGCUGCCGUCGGACAAGCUCAGCAAGAUCCAGACACUGAAGCUCGCAGCUCGCUACAUCGACUUUCUCUAUCAGGUGCUGCGUAGCGAGGAGAUCGACCAGAAGAUGGCGAGCAGCUGCAGUUACGUCGCUCACGAACGACUCAGCUACGCCUUCUCCGUGUGGCGGAUGGAGGGAGCGUGGCAGCAGCCGCACCACGAUCUGCACCACUGAGCGACGGAGGCGGGCGAGCGAACGACGCGCGCGAGAUCUCGCCACCUGAUGUAUAUAUAUUACCCCGUGACGCGCUGUUAUGUAUCGUACAAGAUCCGGUUCAUUCGAGUUGACAGUUCGGCCACCGAGACGGUUACUUCACUCAAGUCCCAAGCAACAGGCGCCGUGAUCGGUCCACGCACGCACGCACGCACGCCCGAACACUGCAUGGUCUGUACGUGCCGAGGCGUGAUGAAAUUCGGCACUGCCGCCGCGUAGACGGGAACCCUACGUCGCUGACCGGCGCCAGGCUAGCUCGCGACGACGUGCGGCGUCAGUCUAACCACCGCCUCGCUAAUUCUGUCGCCAGUCCGACAGUCGCCACUGCCGCUGCCGGCUACCCAGUGGUCAGAGGUCAUCCGCGUGAGAUUAGCAGCGUCGCGACACGGCCUAUCACCUCCUCGGCUCGCAGCCGGAACCUGAUAGGGCCGAAGCCGACGAUUGCGUAGACGGCGGCACAGUGCAUCUCCGCCUUCGGCUAAAAUGAGAAGUAAAAACGUGCGCACACGGGAUAGCGUACAAGCUCGGUAGUACAGAUAGUGCGAUAAUAUUCCGUAUUGUUUUGGCAUCAGUUGCGCAUAUGUGCCAAUUGUUAUAAAAAUUUCUAUCGUUUCGAAACGAAAUUAUGAUGUAGAGAGCAACGUGUGGGAUUUUAAACGACAGAAAGGCGUGCCUUAGUCUUGUUUUCUCUAAAUUUUUCGGCAAAAGAGUUGGUGAAGUGGAUUUUAAUACUCGUUAUUGUAUGCGAUGCAUUGUUAUCAGUUGUCUGUGUAAAUAUAUAGGAUUAUACCUUUUUUGUUGACACUGAAUUCGAGAUGGUGCUAUUUUUGUUGUAUAUAUAUAUAUCUAAUAUUUGGCAUUGAUAUAGAAGACAAAGUUAAACUGUAUAUUAUAGGAAGUUAAUCUCCCCGAACAUGCUGCCGAGGAGUUUCGAUUAUAUUUUUCGAUAUGAAAAUAUCACACUUAAUUCUCCAUUAUUUCUACCAGGAAUCACACGUUAGACCUCUCUUAUCUUGCGUAUUAUGUAGAAUGUGUUUAUCUACGUAUAUAAAAAGUAGCAUCCCGUGGAUAACACGGAAGUUAUCUAUAUGGCGAUAAAAAAAACAUCAAGUGAAACGUCUUUCUUCGUUGUUGUGUUGAGGUCACUUCGCAGCGAGUAGCUGACGCCGUGACAAGUAUUAUAGGCGCGUGAGUUCCCCACAUGCACUAUCCUCACGCGUUGUGCGAUUGUAGUGCUGUGCCAACGUCAUCGCCUAUGCGAUGUUUUUGUGUACGGUUUUGUGUAAAACACGAUACUGCUCUCCGAUACCCUAUAUAUACGUUUUAUAAUAAACAGAUAAACAGUACAUAUAA